AUGGAGAAGUGGAUGUGGAACGAUAUGAUUAUUUUUAUUAUAUCUUCCUUGUCCAACAUGGUUUUUAGCAAGGUUGUGGUAUAUGUGAUGGACCCAACUUUGGAUAAUGCCAAAUUUUUCAGACCAUCCUACAUUGCUAGUGCUGAGCCACUGCAAAGAACAGGACCAGUAGGUGUGGAAGAUAGCAAAGCAGAUCUCUCUGCUGCAUUUUCUUUUGUUUCUUCAAGCUCAGAUGCAAGCCAGGACUGCAUUUCACUUGACUCAACAAGCAUCAUACUGAAGCCUCCCAAAAACUCUCCGAGUCGACUGAGUGAAAAAGCUGCUGCACAGAUGAUACAGAAGUUCACUUUUUCACGAGUGUUCAGACCUGAAACAACUCAAGAAGAGUUCUUUGAAGGUACCAUGAAGCAACUGGUACAAGAUUUCUUAGAUGGAUAUAAUCGUCUUAUUUUUACCCACGGCGUUACAAAUGGUGGGAGAACCUACACGUUCCAAGGGACAGAAGAUGACAUUGGUAUUCUGCCAAGGACUAUGGAUAUGUUGUUUAAAAGUAUUCAAGGGAAGCUAUACACAGCAAUGGAUCUCAAACUCUAUCGGUGUAGAGAUUAUAUCAAGCUGACUAAAGACCAAGGGAGAGAAGAAACUGCUAUUAAAAAUUCAAUACUUGGCCUAACAAAAGAGGUAGGGGAGCACUUCUUUCUGUACUGA